UUUUUUGCUGGGAAAGUACCUGAAGUCCCGAAUAGCGAAAACCACCCCUUCGCACUGUCACGGUCCAGAGAGCAGAGUUUACAACAAAGUUGUGAAUAUACAUCUGUUUGGGCGUUUUGGAUCAUAAGAUCCAUACAUGCAUAACUUGUGGCUAUGACCAAACACAUAUGUAUCGAGCUCUGUGAUUGAUCAGCAAAACGGGGGACAUCAUGAUUCACUUCCUGUUGGUUGUCAGUAAACAGGGGAAGCCGCGAAUCAGUCGAUUUUUCACACAUCAGAAGGACCAACUAUCCACACAGAAUGCUGUGUCCAAACUUUGUUUAACAGAUGGCAAACAGGAGGGUUUUGUGAAUUACAAAGAUGUAGUACUAGUCUACAAGCUAUACGUGAAUCUCUGGUUUAUAACAGGAGUCUCGCAGGAUGAGAAUGAACUUGCCAUCUUGGAAUUAUUCCAGAAUUUGGUGGAAACAUUGAAUAUAUACUUUGGAAAAGUGCUGUAUGCUCUGUGGUCUAAAACUUCAAUUGUCUUUAGAGGGAGAUGUGUUGCAGCUCGGAGGUAUAUUUAUUAUUUUGACAUUUAAAGAUACAAUCAGAAAAAUCUGAUAUCACAUCUUGCACACAGUGAGAUCUUGGAUCAGCAAACCGACAGAGUCAGGUAGGAGAAGUGUUUUCACCUUCACGUUGAGUACCAUUGAACUAUUUUUCCUUAUCCUGCUAAGUUGAGUGCCCUUGAACUAUUGUUAUCCCAGUGCUGGAUCCUGGGAUAUCUACAGGAUGUAAAGACAAUCGAGGGGAAGAAAUGUGACUGCAGUGAUCAGGGUCGGAUAGUGCAGCUACUUAAGGUUUAUGUUGGCUGGUGUCUUAUCUCAGUAUGUCCCAUUUUCUUCCUUCCUAUUACUCAAACAUGCUGCCCAUUCAGAUUUUGUGUUACUUUUGCUCAUUCUUCGUAAUUAAAGUUUUUCAUCACUUGCAGUGUGAAAUGAUUUAAAUUCUGGGAGGAUGUGUCAGUAUUAACAUGCUGUAGUAGACAAGAUGAGGAAUCAGAAAAUGUGAAUACCUUGUUCUAGUAGACAAAAUGAGUAAUCAGAAAAUGUGAAUACCUUGUUCUAGUAGACAAGAUGAGGAAUCAGAAAAUGUGAAUACUUUGUUCUAGUGGUUACUGAAUCUGGAAAGACUUUAUAUGUUUUCAUUUCUCUAUCUUUUAUCUCAAACAUCAAAUCUUGGAAUAAUAAAGACUCGUACAUAUACUGUAUCAUUCUUUGUACUUGGACUACAUGAGGUGGAGGUCCUUUUAUGGAUUGUUUUCGAUUUUUCGAUAUCUGUUUCUCUGUGAAAAUGACCCCUCUCUUCCUUCCUUUCCUCCAUUUUGAAACCAGUUGCAGUUUUGGCUCAGUGGUUAAAGUGUUUUCUUCAUGACCAAGAGGUUGUGAAAGCAAGCCCCACUUGUGCCAAUUCACUGGGUUUGGCACAAGACAUACAGUGAUGGCUCCUUUGUAAAACCCUGAACACCAUGCAUUGGUCUAAAAUUAUGUCACUUCCCGUACAGCUGGUGACCUAUCUAUAUGAUUGAAAAAUUCUGGAAGGGAUGCUAAACAACAAUCCCAAAAACGCAUUUAUUAUCAAACAUCUUGUCUAAGUUAGUCAAGUAUCACUGAACUGUCAUUUUAUCGACCUCUGGAUUAACAUAAUUUUACUGACUAGUAGAUUUUGCAACGUAUCAAGCAGAUAUGGAAGAGUCCUUGACCUUAAUAUAACUUAUCCAGUAUUAUUUAGACAAGUGGUCCACAGGCUUAUCGGUCACUCAGAUAUUAGUUAAAAAUUAUUACUAGUACUAAGGACUAUGAAAUGCAGAAAAAAAAUCUAUUCUUAGCUAAAUUCUAAUAUUCAGCAACAGUAUAAAACAAGAUGUGUUCUUUUAAACUUUUAAAUGCCCCCUGAAAGUGCCUAAGGCUUUGCAUAAUAUAAAGUAUGUAAUAUUAACAUGAUAUGACUAAUUUGCAUCUAUUCUAAAGUCAAAGCCCUGGGGUUGCAAAAUUCACAAUUUUCAAAUUGGUACAUCCUUUUCUGCAUUUCCUAAUAAGACUUUAGUUUUCAUACUGUAUCAGCAAACUUAAAGAAGUCUUUCAAAUAAAAAAAAACAAUCACUGUAAUAAUUUUGGCCCCACCCUAGAAUCAAAACCCUUGCUCCCUGGGAUCAUCAAAUUUACAAUUUUGGUGAUUCAGAAGGACAACCUGCUUAUUCUAAAUAUCCAUUUAGUUUCAAUUCAGUAUCAAUGACCUUGUUCUGAAGAUGCUUCAUACCAAAUUUGGAAAGAAUUGGAAUGUUAGUUAUCAAGAAGUCAAAAAUGUUCAAUUGUUAAUGCAAGACGAAUGACAACCAAUUGCAAUAGGUCACCUGAGUUUACUAAAAAUACUAGUCUUACAAACAAUCCUAUAAGUUUAUGCAAGGAGUAAAUGUACUAACAAUUUUCUUACCUGAGUUUACUAAAAAUACUAGUCUUACAAACAAUCCUAUAAGUUUAUGCAAGGAGUAAAUGUACUAACAAUUUUCUUACAAUUUUUUUUUUUCAGACAGAAGUGGAU